AUGGCAGGAAUCAGCCUUGCAGACACCAUCAACCAGCUCAGCGUGAACGACGAAUGGGGCCCCGAAAUCACCCCCUCGACAACUCUUGAUGGAGUUCCCUACGCUCCAUACUCCAAGGGUGACAAACUCGGUCGCAUGGCCGAUUGGACCCAGGAAGGAAAAGAAGGAAGAGAUCGAGGUGGGAGACAAUACGGUCGAAACUACAGAGACCAACAAAUUUACGGUGCUGGAACAUCCUCACUUUUCGCGGUCCAGGUCGCCGAAGACGAGUCCUCCUUCUCCGUUGUCGACAAUACUCGAACAACAACCAAGACUCGUGUGUUUGGCCGUGGUGGAAUAGCAGUCUUCCGGGGCCGAGGCCAGCGAGGCGGCGCCCAGCGUGGAGGAAGAGGAACGUUCCAAAGAGCCGGACAGGGCCGGAAUGCAGGUCAACAACAAGGUCAAUAUUAUGAUAGUAGGGGUGGACGGGGUGGACGGGGCCGUCGAUUCGGCUGGCGAGACUACGACAAGCCUCAGCGGAAUCGUGAUGCAUCGGUCAACAUCCGGCCGGACUGGGCGAUGAAAGAGGAAAUCGACUUCAACCGCCUACACAAGCUCAAUCUUGAGACGUCCGAGGGCGACGAUCUUGACAGCUACGGCUUUUUACACUAUUACGACCGCACCUACGACAAAGCGCCGGUGAAGAACACAGAGCGUAAGCUUCUGUCGCUAGACCGCGCCGCCUACAAUGUCACGACGUCGGCCGACCCUGUGAUCCAAGAACUGGCCGAAAAGGACGAGGCGACCAUCUUUGCCACCUCGGACAUCUUGUCCAUGCUGAUGUGCGCGCCCCGGUCCGUGUACAGCUGGGACAUAGUGAUUCUGAAGCAAGGCAACAAAAUCUUCUUGGACAAGCGACCGGACAGCAGCAUCGAUUUGGUGACGGUCAACGAGAACGCUGCCGACGCCCCUCUCGAGGCCGACUCGGCCAACACGCCGUCACAACAACAGACGGGCGUCAAAGCCGACAGCAUCAACACGCCGAGCAACCUGGCCAAUGAAGCGACCAUGAUCAACCACAACUUCGCUCUCCAGGUGGUGAUUGAAGACCAGAACAACAAGAUUGAAUUCCCUCACCCCAACCCCUUCUACAGCGCCAGCGAGGAGACGGAACCGCUCGCGUCCAAGGCGUACAAGUACCGCCGAUUCGACCUCUCCCUCGAACGCGACGAGGAGCCCCUGCAUCUGAUUGUGCGGACCGAACUCGACGCCGCGACCAAGAACAACAUCUCGGGCGAGAACCAGUUCCUGGUGAUCAAGGCCCUCAACGAGUUCGACCACAAGGCCCAAGGCGCCGGCGGCGCGCUAGACUGGCGCACCAAGCUGAACUCGCAGCGCGGCGCGGUCGUCGCCACCGAAAUGAAGAACAACUCGUGCAAGCUGGCGCGCUGGACGACGCAGGCCAUCCUGGGCAAGGCCGACCAGAUGAAACUGGGCUUCGUGUCGCGCGCAAACCCCAAGUCGGCUGCCAACCACGUCAUCCUCGGCGUCGUCGGCUACAAGCCGCGCGAGUUCGCCGCCCAGAUGAACCUGGGCCUCAGCAACGGCUGGGGCAUUGUGCGCACCAUCGUCGAUUUGGUCAGGGGCCUGAGCGACGGCGACGACGCCGACAAGAAAUUCGUGCUGGUCAAGGACCCCAACAAGCCUCUUAUCCGCCUGUACGACGUGCCGUUGAACACUUUCGAGGAUGACGAGGACGGCUUGUCCGACGCCGGCUUGGCCGAUGGCAAGGACGGUGCCGACGACGAAUAG